CACAGCUGAUGCUGCCGAUAUGAUUGGAUACAUGCUAGAUGUCGUUGUCACUCCUAUCACCUCCACGGCACAUAUGCUAACGAAAGCUCUAUGCUAGGACUCAUGUCAUUCCAGCAGAGAAGAGGGGAAUUGUCUUGUUCAUCCUAGGAACCUUCAUCCUCUAGACGAGUACCUUCAAAGUACCAGUAGGAAAUGAUACAUCCGCGGCGGCGAACACCAGUUAUCGAAAGAUGGCGGAAGGCGGCGACGAAGAGUUUAUUGAACAUACGAGACUGGGUUGAGAUGGUUCCUAUGGAAGUGUAAGUUGAUAUGGGACUUCAUAACGAGAUAUUGAGACCAGCCAUAUAAUCGGCGUGGUCUCCGAUGUGUUUGAAGGGAAUUUGGACUUACGAAUCAUGCUUCUAAUGUGACUCAACCUCCUUAUAUCACUCAUCUUCCUCCAUUAGCUCACUCGGUCAACCAUUGUAUCAACACAAUGUCAUCUCAAGGAGGCGAGGCGCUCAACGCUAUCGGCCAAGAUGGUCUUCCCCCUAUUGCCAUCGUUGGUAUGGCAUGUAAAUUCCCAGGCGGCGCCUCUAGUCCGAGCAAACUCUGGGAUAUGAUCGCUAGGAAGCAGUCAGGACGAUGUGAUAUUCCUAAGAGUCGCAUGAAUGUUGAUGCUUUCUAUCACCCAGAUCCAAACAGAAAUGGUACAUUCAACAUCCGAGCUGCUCAUUUCUUGCAGGAAGACAUCUCCGCUUUCGACGCGGCAUUCUUUUCUAUUUCCCCUGCAGAGGCUACCGGGAUGGACCCUCAACAGCGGAUGAUGAUGGAAUCUGCCUACGAAGCGGUUGAAAAUGCCGGUGUUCCGAUGGAGGAUCUAUCGGGAUCUAACACCGGCUGCUAUGUCGGUUGUUUCUCUCGAGAUUACAAUGAGAUGUUGACUCAUGAUCCUGAGACAUCACCCGUCUAUGUCUCGACUGGAAAUGGAGCCGCUAUACUUUCAAACCGUGUCAGCUACUUCUUCGAUCUUAAGGGUCCCAGUCUGACAGUUGACACCGCCUGUAGUAGCAGUCUCGUUGCUCUACAUCUUGCAUGCCAAAGUCUCCGCAGCGGCGAAAGCAAGGCCGCUAUCGUUGGGGGUACCAAUCUUAUAUUUAACCCGGAUGUUAUGAUCGCUAUGUCCAACGUACACUUUUUAGGGGCAGAUGCAAAGUGUCACACUUACGACGCUAGCGCAAACGGAUAUUCUCGCGGGGAGGGAAUAGCAGCGAUUUACAUUAAGCCUCUAGAGGACGCUAUUAGGGAUAAUGAUACUAUUCGCGCAGUCAUAAGAGGGACCGCCUGCAAUCAGGACGGGAGAACUGCUGGUAUAAUGCUUCCUUCUCGAGAAGCACAGGAGUCUUUGAUCCGAUCGGCUUAUGAAAAUGCUAAAUGCGACCCAGCCGCUGUUGGUUACUUUGAAGCCCAUGGCACAGGCACACCUGCUGGUGACCCUCUCGAAGCCGGCGCCAUCGGGUCAACACUAGGUCAACACCGUGGUCCAGGAGAUGAGAAUCGUCUCUAUGUCGGCAGUGUUAAGACGAACAUAGGACAUCUUGAAGGUGCUAGCGGAUUAGCAGGUAUUAUCAAGACUGUUCUAGCCUUAGAAAAAGGCCUGAUCCCGCCGAACCUCUACUUUGAGAAAGGGAAUGAGGCUAUUGAUUUCGAAGGUUGGCAUAUCCGCGUGCCUACAGAACUGACACCGUGGCCAACGCACGGAAUUAGAAGGGCCAGUAUUAACUCAUUCGGUUUCGGGGGAACAAAUGCACAUGUUAUCCUUGACGACGCUUACCAUUACUUGAAGGCGCGAGCUUUGAGAGCGUCUCACUGUACUUCGAUCAUACCUCAUCAUCCGGACCAUUCUUCUGUUACUGAUCUUGAUACACCGGGUUGGAGUUCCGGUUACGUGUCGGCAGAAAGUGACGAAUUCUUCGAUGCUGGCGCAGGGGGUAACCAGUACCGGAUCUUUGCAUGGUCUACUCAUGAAGAGGGCAUCGUCAAGGACAGCGCCGCAGCUUAUGCAACAGAGCUAAGGAAUCGGAAAGACGUGAUUGAAACCCGAUUUCUUGCGGAUCUUUCUUAUACUCUGUGCCAGAGGCGUUCCCGCAUGGCACUCAGAUUCUUCAUUGUCGCGAAUUCACUUGAUGACCUGGCUACCAAACUCGAGAAUACCCGACAAAAGCCAAUCCGUUCAAAUGCCCGGCAGGCUCCUCGUGUGGCCUUUGUGUUCACCGGUCAAGGUGCGCAGUGGUGGGGCAUGGGAAGAGAGCUUCUUCAGAUGUAUCCUGUAUACAAGAAGUCGAUCUUAUCUGCCGACGAGACUCUUAAGUCGUUUGGAUGUAAAUGGUCCUUAAUGGAAGAGCUCGCAAAGGAUAAGAACGCCUCCCGAAUCAACGAACCCGAGAUCAGCCAGCCUAUCUGCACAGCAGUCCAAUUAUCUCUGGUUAAUCUGUUGGCCGACUGGAAUGUGAUGCCUCAGAAAGUCAUUGGCCACUCUAGUGGUGAGAUCGCAGCAGCGUAUACAGCUGGUAAACUGACCUUCAACUCGGCUUUAAAGGUAGCUUUCUUCAGGGGUCUUGUCUCAAGUCACGUACAAAGGGAUGGUGCUAUGCUGGCUUGUGGACUUUCCAAAGAAGAUGCCGAAGCUCGGUUCGCACUUCUCGAUUCCUCAUUCGGAAAAGUCGUGGUGGCUUGUGUCAAUAGUCCGUCUAAUGUCACUCUUUCUGGUGAUGUGGCUGCCAUUGAGGAAAUGGAGCGAUUGUUGCAGGGAGAGAAGGUGUUCGCUAGAACGCUGAAAGUCAAGACAGCCUAUCAUUCUCACCAUAUGCUCGAAGUCGCCGACGAGUAUCUUAAACAUCUUACGGACCUCAAGGCUCCUGAAGAUAACACACGAUUUGUUAGCGAAAUGAUUUCUACGGUCACUUGCACUUCGGUUGCGAAUACAGAACUUGACGCCAAAUAUUGGGUUGAUAAUAUGCUCUCACCUGUUAGGUUCUCAGAAGGAUUGCAACUCCUUUGCAGUAACAAAUCAAACACUAAAGGCCGAUCGAAGAAGCUCCAUACUACCAAUUCUGUCAAUAUCAUCCUUGAGGUUGGACCGCACUCUGCUCUUGCUGGCCCUAUCAAGCAGAUACUUGCCUCGGACGAACUCCAGAAGAGCUCUAUCGCCUAUCAUUCUGCACUUGUUCGAGAAAAAGAUGCCUGUCUAACAGCCUUGGAGGCUACGGCCUCUCUCUGGGCUCGUGGAGUACCUGCUAAGCUAGAGAGAGCUAAUCGACCUGUCCAGAGCGGUCCCCGCCCACAGGUACUGGUAGAUUUACCCUCGUACCCUUGGAACCAUAGCAAACAAUUUUGGGCUGAAUCACGCCUCAGCUCUAACUAUCGCUUCCGUCCCACACCUCGAAACGAUUUCAUCGGCGCUCCUGUAGCUGACUGGAACCCCGCUGAGCCUCGGUGGCGAAACUUCAUUCGGGUAUCGGAGCAGCCGUGGGUCAAAGACCAUCAGGUUCAAGGUUCAAUCAUUUACCCAGCUGCUGGAUAUGUGUCUAUGGCUCUUGAGGCUGCACAGCAGAUGAUUCCCGCUUCUGAUGUCGGGAGAGUUCUCGGAUAUACCAUCACUGAGAUGCUCAUUACUAGGGCAUUAGUCGUGCCCCAAACCGAACUUGGAGUUGAGGUGAUUUUCCAAGCGAGGCCCUUCAAUUCUAGCAGCAAAUCAUCGUCAGACAUCUGGAAAGAGUUCCGUGUAUUUUCUUACUCCUCCACUGGCCCGAACGAACAUUGUCGUGGUCUCCUUUCAAUCAAUUACACCCAACAAAUUAGCGAGGUAGAUGCGGGUAGAGAGGCUAAAGAGGCUCUUUCUCGCCAUGAUCAUGAGUUUGAAGAUUCCAAGAAAUUUUGCAAGACUUCUGCCACGCCAGAUAAGGUAUACGAAGAUUUGUCUAAGGCGGGUCUUCAGUACGGACCAACGUUCCGCAAUUUGAUGGAGAUCUCCUACGGACCCGGGAAGGCAUUAGGGAAACUCGCAAUACCCGACACCAAAUCCACCAUGCCGUACGAAUAUGAGUACGACCAUCUUGUCCAUCCAGCUACCCUCGAUACUUUCCUGCAGAUCUUAUUCCCGGCACUUACCCAUGCUGCCGUGAAUGUUAAGGAGCCAUACAUGCCGACCUUUAUUCAGGAAAUGCAUGUCUCAAGCGAUAUCUCUAGCGAACCUGGUCAUCAAUUUCAUGUAAUAUCAGAGGCAGCAUUUGUUGGCUUCCGAGAAGCUACUGCCAGCAUCAUUGUUCGGGACCAGCAAGGAGAAGCCCCCAAAGUCAGGAUCCAAGGCGUCAAAUGCACGGCACUGACGUCCACCAAUUUAACGGAUGGAGCGCAAAACGAAGACGUGAAGCAGCUUUGUUUUGAUGUUGAGUGGGAGCCAGAUCUUGAUCUCUUGUCUAAAUCCGAAACCGAGGCCGUGCUCACAGCCACUGGCGUUGAAGAUACACCCUCUGAGUAUAUUGCAACACUGGAGAUGGUCGCAUCAUAUUUCUACCACCGGGCUUUGGAAGAAGUAUCAGAAGAGCAAGUUGUACAUCCGCAUCAUCAGAAGUUCUUCCGCUACAUGCAGCACCAUCGCGAACAAGUACUCGCAGGCGCAAUUGAACACCAGACCCCUGAAUGGUUACAGUUCAACUCCCCAAGCAUGAAAGACAAGAUGGAGAAGCUCAUUUCGCAGAUAGAGGGAACCGACUACGAGGGUCAGCUCCUAUGCCGUAUGGGCAGAAGCUUAUCUCGUAUUUUGAGGAAUGAAGUUGAUCCGCUCGCGAUGAUGCUUGAGAAUGAGCUCCUCUACAACUAUUAUGCCAACUCUCUAGGAAUUGCGACUUCAUAUGCUCAUUUACAGAAGUAUAUCUCGAUGCUUUCGCAUAAAGAUCCUAGUCUCAAGUACCUCGAAAUAGGUGCAGGGACAGGAGGUGCGACGGUGCCAAUUCUUAACGCUUUGGGUGGUGGAAAUGGCACGUAUCCUCGGUUUGAGUCUUACACGUACACGGAUAUCUCAUCCGGUUUCUUCGAAAAGGCCGAGCAAAAGUUUAGCGACUGGAACGGUCUUAUAGACUACCGCAAGUUGAACAUUGAGCAAGAUCUUCCCGCUCAAGGUUUCAAAGAAGACGAGAAGUUCGACGUUAUCAUUGCAUUCAACGUUCUGCAUGCGACGACGAACAUGAAUCAGACCAUUUCAAAUGUGCGAAAACUACUAAAGACGGGUGGAAAGUUGCUGCUUCUUGAGAUUACACAUGUACUCAAUCGAGUUUUCCUUCCAUUUGGCAAUCUCCCUGGCUGGUGGAUGUCUGAGGAAUCAUUCCGACAAUGGGGUCCGACAAUGACCGAAGACACUUGGGUAUCUAUCUUGAAGGGCAAUGGAUUUGGCGAGCUAAAAUCGAGUACCCCAGACCACCAAAACCCGCGCGACCAAACAGGUAGACUGAUGGUUGCUGAAGCUGUUGAUCCCAGUCUUCAACCGAAUGACCCCGCAGAUAUGUUGCCGUCUAUUACCAUCGCGACAUUGUACGGUGUUGGCGAAGAUCAAGUAGUUGCUGAUGCCUUACUGCAAAAACUCCAGAGCAUGCAAGUUUCGGCAACAAUAAAGCCUUAUCUACAACUUACGGAAGAGGAUUUGGUUAAUAAGACAUGCAUUUGCGUCGCGGAGAUUGGACAACCCCUAUUGAAGGACAUCAGCCCGAACGAUUUUGAAAUGCUGAAGUCUAUCUUGCACCAAGCCAAAGGUCUGUUCUGGUUGACUCAAGGUGCAACCCAGAACUCCGUCCACCCGGAAUACGCUCUAAUUCACGGUCUGGCAAGAACGCUCCGAGCAGAACACGAAGGCUUUCCCCUCGUGACAUUUGACUUCGACGCCAAGCACCCGCUUUCUUGGGAACAGCGCAUCGAUAAACUCAUACCGGUAUUACAGAGGACAUUCUCCAAAGAAACCCUAGGAGAUUGCGAAUAUUCUGAAAGGGAGGGCCUGGUGUAUAUCAAACGCUGUAUCGCUGCCCCCGAGCUAAAUGACAGAAUCGCGGCGGUGGGGCAGACGACCACUUCUACUCGGGAAUUGGAACCUUUUAACCAACCUGGACGACCGCUAACCUUGGCAAUCGCCACACCCGGCCUUUUGGAUACGUUAUGUUUCGUUGAUGAUCCGGAGGCUCUGGCGCCACUGCCAUCUGACUAUGUUAGGAUUGAUGUCCGCGCUGUCGGACUGAACUUCCGCGACAUCAUGGUCUGCAUGGGUCAACUUGUUGACAAUUUCCUCGGGUGCGAAUGCAGCGGCAUCGUUGCUGAGGUUGGCGCAGAGGUAUCGCAUCUUAAGGUAGGCGAUAGAGUAUGCACUUGGACUCUAGGAGCUUACUGUAGCUCUCUGAAAAAUCCUGCCAAGCUUGUCCAGCCCAUCCCUGAUGAUAUGGAGUACUCGGUCGCGGCUUCGCUGCCAAUCGUCUAUUGCACCGCGUACUAUGGCUUGGUCGACCAGGCAAGAAUCCAGAAGGGGGAGAAAGUCCUCAUACACGCAGCCGCCGGAGGCGUGGGACAAGCUGCUGUCAUGCUCUGCCAGUUAUACGGCGCGGAGAUCUUCGUCACUGUGGGAACCAAGGAGAAAAAGGAGCAUAUGAUGACAACCUGCGGGAUUCCCGAGGACCACAUCUUUUCCACUCGCAACCUCAAUUUUGCUGAUGGUAUUAGAAGACUUACUGGGGGGAAAGGCGUUGAUAUUGUUCUCAACUGCCUUUCGGGAGAAGCCUUGAAAGCAAGUUGGUCAGUGAUUGCGCCGUUUGGUCGUUUUAUUGAGAUUGGCAAGAAAGAUAUCGAGGAUAACACGCGUCUCGGGAUGGCACCGUUCAUUAAGAACGUUACAUUUGCGUCGGUGGACCUGACAGUUAUAUUCAGACAAAGGAAGGAUCUUGGCGCCCGCCUUCUUUCCGAGGUGAUGGAGCUUCUACGAGAUGGAAGCAUCGGCCAAGUCUCGCCCAUCACAUUAUUCCCGUUCUCCAAGAUCGAGGAAGCUUUUAGAUACAUGCAGGCUGGGAGGCAUAUGGGCAAGAUUGUCCUUACUCCUAGCGAGGAUGAUGUCGUACCAGUCGCAGCGAGGAAAGGCUCUAAGUAUCGAAUCAUACCCGACGCCUCUUACUUAAUCGUCGGAGGUUUUGGCGGACUUGGACGAAGCCUUUCUCGUCGCAUGGUGUCCCAAGGAGCCAAGAAUCUGAUCUUCGUGUCUCGAUCCGGGGACAAAAGCCCAGAAGCCAAGUCCCUGGUGGACGAACUCCAAAGUUCCGGCGUCACAGUAGAGGUUCUAGCUGUCGAUAUCACUAGCGGGGAUAGACUCAAGGCCAGUCUAGAUGAGACAUUAAAGAAGAUGCCGCCAAUUCGCGGUGUCAUCCAGGCGGCUAUGGUAUUAGAAGACCGAAUUUUCGUCAACAUGAGUCACGAAACAUUUACCAAGGUCAUUCGACCAAAGGCUCAAGGUUCGUGGAAUCUUCACGAGGCGACAAUCGACCAACCGCUCGACUUCUUCAUCAUGCUCGCAAGCGCCGCCGGCAUGGUGGGCGACACAUCUCAGGGCAACUACGCCGCGGCGAACGCAUUCCAAGACGCGCUAGCGCACUACCGCGUCUCGCGCGGCCUCCCCGCAACCGUGAUCGACCUCGGCAUGGUCAAGUCGGUCGGGUACGUGGCCGAGAACGAGGGCGCGGCUGAGCGCAACCUCGCGCGGUGGGGCUUCCUGCAGAUCGAAGAAGAGGAGUUCCUCGCGAUGCUCGAUAUCGCGAUGGAAAGCGGCGCCCGGUGCCAGAUCGUCACGGGCGUCGGCACGCAGGCCGACUUCGACCGCAGCCAAGGCGACGUGCCUCAUUGGUUCCGCGACCCGGUGUUCUCGCACCUGCAUAACAUGCGCGCGCGCCACGUCGACGCUAGCACGCUGUCCGGGCCCUCGCUGGCGCAGCAAUUAAAGGAGACGCCGUCGGUUUCGGGCGCGGCGGGAAUCGUGCUGGAUGCGCUGGUGCGGAAGCUGUCUAAGUCGCUUAUGAUCGCGCUAGAAGAUAUUGACGCUGCGAGCCCGACCGCCGUGUACGGCGUCGACUCGCUGGUCGCGGUCGAGGUGAGGAAUUGGCUGCUCAGGGAGGUCAAGGCGGAUGUGCCUGUGUUUGAGAUCUUGCAGGCUUCUUCGCUUCAGCUUCUUGCGUAUAAGAUUGCGGAGAAGAGCGGCCUUGUGAGCGGGAAUGCUGUUAAAGGGGAGGAAUAACGGGAUUUGUGUAUUUACCUAUCUGGAGUUCUUGUAUGUAUGGGUAGGUAGGUAUCUGCGGGCUUUGGUUGGCUGGAAAAGGGGUCAUGAUCACAUUUCUUCUGUUGUUGAAUUAAGGGAUAGAAGCAUUCUGUUAUCGCUAAGGGGCUAAUAUUUACAAACUUACCAAUCCUCUUCUGAAGCUGUGUGUAUGAAACCACCGGCUUUUCUCUGAUAAGUGCCUACCUAGGUAGGUACCUACUAGCUUUAACCAAUUUUGAUAUCUUUAAUAGGUAGUCGCUUCAUAUGCCAA